CUAAAAACGAGCGCGCGGCCAUGUUGAAUUGUCAAUUUCUGAGAGAGAAGACAAAAGAGUGAGAAGUCGGUGAAUAUCUAGAGAAACAAAGUAAAGCGAACUACAAAUAUCUGCUUUUACCAACCAAGUAAAAAAGAGAAGACUUUAAAUGAAUGUACAUAAAGGUCGCCUGUCGAGCAACUACAUCUACAAUAGAAGCCAUACGAGUCGAGUGACGACAAUUGCAGAGCAAACUCACUGAUGAAGACAUAAGCCAAACUAUUCCUGUAUUUUUGUCUAUGCCAGGAACCAACUUAUGAGCGUUAGCGACACACCAAGUUCGAAAGAGACAGAAAAUAUAAAAUCAUAGUAAUAGUCCAUGUGAUUGGCCAGGAGGACCACAUUUUGCCACGAAUUUAUAUGAAUGUCAAAAAACAGAUAUCCACUUGGACAGUCAGAACGACGUCUGUGAACACACACAUACAGAAACAAAGCUCACCUGUUUAGAAGACGGGUAAAGCCUAAUACUACUAAUAAAAGGAAUAUAAAAAAUAUUAAAAAAACAACAAUAAAAAGCUGCAAAGCCAGCCAGUUGACUUUUGAAAGAAAGAGAACCAACGCAGAAUUUUGUUUUGAACUGAUAUAUGAUCUAUUUAUUCAUAUAAAUGCUAAUUUCUCCCAUUUUUGGAGAGUUGUCUUGUAUAUAGACAGGGAUCUUACGUCAGACUCUAUUUUUCAAGAGAUCUGCACGUUAAGCUGUGCACACUUAGAUUCUUUGAUUGGAGAAGCUAGAAAACAAAGCUUUUUAGUUCUUCGGUUUUUAGAACUAUUUUACACAGAGAUUCUACGUGGGCAUUUGAGCCAACUUCCUAAAAAGAAGAUUUAAGAAAACACAGGAAAAAUUAAUAAAAAUAAAAACAAAUUUAGCUUUAUACUGUUAGAGAUAAGAGGACUCAAGCUAAAUCUGGUAACGCCAUGGCUACAGCAAGAAUGGAGAACCCUGCAUCCAUAAUGGCACUGAACAAGCCAAACGGGCAGAUGAGAGGACAGGCCAAAACAACUGGCCUGCAGUCAGGACCCCUGGCUGUUGCCCAGCUACCAGGUGUCCCUCCGAAAGGAGGCAGCAUUCCCCAGGGUAGUGGGGGCAUAAGGUUCGGAGAUGACUGGAAGAAGUGCCUGCAGCUCCCUCCAAAAGAUACCAGAUUAAGAACCUCAGAUGUGACAUCGACCAAAGGGAACGAGUUUGAGGACUACUGCCUGAAGCGGGAGCUACUUAUGGGGAUCUUUGAGAUGGGAUGGGAAAAACCCUCUCCUAUACAGGAGGAGAGCAUCCCCAUAGCUCUGUCAGGCAGGGACAUCCUUGCCCGGGCCAAGAACGGCACAGGGAAGAGCGGAGCCUACCUUAUCCCCCUCCUGGAGAGGAUAGACCUUAAGAAGGACCACAUACAAGCCAUGGUGAUGGUGCCCACCAGAGAGCUGGCCCUGCAGGUGAGCCAGAUCAGCAUCCAGGUGAGCAAGCACCUGGGUGGGGUGAAGGUCAUGGCUACAACAGGAGGCACCAACCUGAGGGACGACAUCAUGCGUCUGGACGAGAUAGUUCACGUGGUAAUUGCCACACCAGGCAGGAUCCUGGACCUGAUAAAGAAGGGCGUAGCCAAGGUGGAUAAAGUCCAGAUGAUGGUCAUGGAUGAGGCGGACAAGCUGCUGUCUCAGGACUUUGUGGUCUUGAUCGAGGACAUCAUCAGCUUCCUAGCCAAGAACCGGCAGAUUCUGCUGUACUCUGCCACCUUCCCCAUGAGUGUGCAGAAAUUCAUGGCCAAACACCUGCAGAAGCCUUACGAGAUCAACCUGAUGGAGGAACUGACUCUAAAGGGCAUCACUCAGUAUUAUGCGUACGUGACUGAGAGGCAGAAGGUCCACUGCCUCAACACCCUCUUCUCCAGGCUCCAGAUCAACCAGUCCAUCAUCUUCUGUAACUCCACCCAGAGGGUGGAGCUGCUGGCCAAGAAGAUCACCCAGCUAGGGUACUCUUGCUUCUACAUCCACGCCAAGAUGAUGCAGGAGUACAGGAACCGCGUGUUCCACGACUUCAGGAACGGACUGUGUAGGAACCUGGUCUGCACAGAUCUGUUCACCAGAGGAAUCGACAUCCAAGCCGUGAACGUGGUUAUCAACUUUGACUUCCCCAAGAAUGCAGAGACCUACCUGCAUCGCAUUGGCAGAUCCGGGAGGUUUGGUCACCUUGGCUUGGCCAUCAACCUGAUCACCUCGGAGGAUCGCUUUAACCUGAAGUCCAUCGAGGACCAGCUGGUGACCGACAUCAAGCCCAUCCCCGGCAGCAUCGACAAGAGCCUGUACGUGGCCGAGUUCCACUCUGUGGACCCGGACGCGGAGCUGGAGGCAGGCAGCGACCGGCGCAGGGAGCUCAGUGCAGCCUGAACGGAGAAAGAGGCAUCUGGCAUUCAUCACACAUCCUCAGCUGCACAUGCAGCAAUAUUUGGACCGAUUCUCCUUUUUUGUCCUCCAUUUAAGUAAUCAAAGCACACCCAAUUCUGUCCGUUUUCUUUUUAUCGAAAGUUUUUAGUUUACAGCAGUGGGGAGAUUUACGACGGGCAGUUUCCCAGCUUGUCUAGUUAAACCAACGCGUUUACGCCCAACAUGCCAGCUGUCCAGGCUACAGCCAUACUGCUUACGUCACAGGAUGAUGUGGACAAUGCCCUGCUGGGUUGAGAGAGGCUUGUGCUACUGGUCAGGUUCUGCCUAGAGCUUCUAGGAGCAUGUGGAUGAGAAGAGAAAACGGAGAAACCAAAGCUGAAAUAUAUGGAUUAUUCCAGGAACCAAAAUGAGCCGCUUUGACUGUCUGCGUGUGUAAGAUGCAUCCAUGUGUGAUUCACCUAGUUCUCAUAGGGCAUACAUCCAAUUAUGCGCGUUGAUCAGUUUAAAUGUUUUGUACUUUAUGCCCUCAGUUAAGCACAAAGUGGUACAGACAGACUUCGGGGCAGCAGAUCAGAUGAGAACUUGAAUGGUAGAACCUGACGUUCCCGAGGGGCCUCGAUCACAACGGCAAGCAUUCCUUUUUAGAUGUGCAGUAGACCUGGCGUUGAAAACCUGCCGCCGUCCGACUCAGCUGGAUCUCAUUCUUCCUCCCAUUCUCCAAAGUGCCUUAAUCUGACCUCCACUCACUCCUCCAGACAGUAGAUCUGCUUUCCUGUUCACGUGUUCGUUUGCCCUCCAGUCUUUUGUUGUCUUCUAAACACCUGUACCGACCCUGUUGCUCAAGGAAGCAGCAAGUAAUUAGAUGCCCAUACAACUUCCAGCAAUGUGAGUCACAGCCAGGUUAUCACAAAGGAGAACGUGACACUCAUUGUGCAACCUUGGUGUUUUCUGACGAGGAUUAUGUUGAAGGAAGUUAUAGCGGCAGUUUCCACCGCCAGAGGAAAGUUUUAAUCUGGCAAAUGAAAGUCACCUAUCUCAUUUACCCUCUCCAUGGUUUUAAAGCACUAAAUGAAAUGUUGGUGUACUGUCUGGUUUUGAGUUGUGGGAGGCCAGUCUGCAGCAUUGUGUCAACCAGCAGAAAGACCAAUGUGAUGUGUUUUCCAAUCUGGUCUCAACAAUACCGAGUUUUGUGGUCUUGACAUUGAAGAUAACAACCCACCCGAAGCAUUGCACGAAACAGCGAGAGGAUGAAUUUGGUCAUUUUUUACUUUUGUGCUCCAAAGGUUCGUGGUGGGACAGUUAACCAGCAUUUUCACCAAAUCCAUAACCUUUUCUGUCAGUGAAAUCCAGUGUUUGAAGCCUGAUGGACCCUGUGAGCCGUUUUGUGUCUGACUGUUUCAAGGACCUGUCAUUCUGUCAUGUUAGCGGAGGUGAACCGUUGACAUUCUGUCAAGCAAUCUAAUUUGAUAAAAAGUUUCCUUUUUCUGAAAAGUAUAUGAAUGCCAGUGCCUCAAGAAGAAAAUAAAAAUAUUUUCACAGA